AAACUUACCACUGGUUUGGUAGACGUGGGCGUGGCUUUGAGAUUCCCCCAUGCUGCGAUGUGGGGGGAGUCUGCUCUGUCUGUCCUAACUCUCUCUGAUCUUCUGACAUGGGAAAAACAAACUCGAAGUCAAUCAUUCCCAGCUCAAAGCCUUGUGCGAGUGCUCUCUGCCUUCACGCUUGCUUCCUUUGGGAGAGAACCUUCCUCUUCUUGAUCGGGGAUUCCGGAGGGAACCCAGGAGCAGAGGAAGUAGAGAGAGAGACAACAUGUUACAUCUGCACCAUUCUUGAGACAGGGUCUCACCAUGUUGCUCAAGCUGGUCUUGAACACCCGGGCUCAGGCAAUGCUCCCACCUUGGCCUCCCAACGUGCUCGGAUAAUGGGCAUGAGCCACCACGCCUGACCGCUUCUGGAUCUCUUGAUGGUGCUUUCUCAGAAUGCACUGAUAGUGAUUGAUCCUGCAUCUGGAGAAUGAAGCAUGAGACCCGUGAUUAAUAGAUGUGCUCCAUGCUCCCUUGAUUUGAUGUUGCCCCAGGCAGCCUCAGAAGGAAUUGUAUUUCAUUCUUUGCAAAUCAGUUUGUGUUUCAGGAGCUGGCUGGCAGCAAUGCUCGCUGUGCUGCUAAGUUUGGCGCCAUCAGCUUCCAGCGACAUUUCCGCCUCCCGACCGAACAUCCUUCUUCUGAUGGCGGACGACCUCGGCAUCGGGGACAUUGGCUGCUAUGGCAAUAACACCAUGAGGACUCCAAAUAUUGACCGCCUUGCAGAGGACGGCGUGAAGCUGACCCAGCACAUCUCUGCCGCAUCUUUGUGCACCCCGAGCAGAGCUGCCUUCCUCACGGGCAGAUACCCUAUGCGAUCAGGGAUGGUUUCCAGCAUUGGUUACCGUGUUCUCCAGUGGACCGGAGCAUCUGGAGGUCUUCCAACAAAUGAGACAACUUUUGCAAAAAUACUGAAAGAGAAAGGCUAUGCCACUGGACUCAUUGGAAAAUGGCAUCUGGGUCUCAACUGUGAGUCAGCCAGCGAUCAUUGCCACCACCCUCUCCACCAUGGCUUUGACCAUUUCUACGGAAUGCCUUUCUCCUUGAUGGGUGAUUGUGCCCGCUGGGAACUCUCAGAGAAGCGUGUGAACCUGGAACAAAAACUCAACUUCUUCUUCCAAGUCCUGGCCUUGGUUGCCCUCACACUGGUAGCAGGGAAGCUCACACACCUGAUACCCGUCUCGUGGACGCCGGUCAUCUGGUCAGCCCUUUCGGCCGUCCUCCUCCUCACAAGCUCCUAUUUUGUGGGUGCUCUGAUUGUCCAUGCGGAUUGCUUUCUGAUGAGAAACCACACCAUCACGGAGCAGCCCAUGUGCUUCCAAAGAACGACGCCCCUUAUUCUGCAGGAGGUUGCGUCCUUUCUCAAAAGGAAUAAGCAUGGGCCUUUCCUCCUCUUUGUUUCCUUUUUGCACGUUCACAUCCCUCUUAUCACUAUGGAGAACUUCCUCGGGAAGAGUCUCCACGGGCUGUAUGGGGACAACGUAGAGGAGAUGGACUGGAUGGUAGGACAGAUCCUUGACACUUUGGACAUGGAAGGUUUGACCAACAGCACCCUCAUUUAUUUUACAUCAGAUCAUGGUGGUUCCCUAGAGAAUCAACUUGGAAACACCCAGUAUGGUGGCUGGAAUGGAAUUUAUAAAGGUGGGAAGGGCAUGGGAGGAUGGGAAGGUGGGAUCCGCGUGCCCGGGAUCUUCCGCUGGCCCGGGGUGCUCCCGGCCGGCCGAGUGAUUGGCGAGCCCACGAGCCUGAUGGACGUUUUCCCCACCGUGGUCCAGCUGGCGGGCGGCGAGGUGCCCCAGGACAGAGUGAUCGACGGCCAAGACCUUCUGCCCUUGCUCCUGGGGACAGCCCAGCACUCAGACCACGAGUUCCUGAUGCAUUAUUGUGAGAGGUUUCUGCACGCAGCCAGGUGGCAUCAACGGGACAGAGGAACAAUGUGGAAAGUCCACUUUGUGACCCCGGUGUUCCAGCCAGAGGGAGCCGGUGCCUGCUAUGGAAGAAAGGUCUGCCCGUGCUUUGGGGAAAAAGUAGUCCACCAUGAUCCACCUUUGCUCUUUGACCUCUCAAGAGACCCUUCUGAGACCCACAUCCUCACACCAGCCUCAGAGCCUGCGUUCUAUCAGGUGAUGGAACGAGUCCAGCAGGCGGUGCGGGAACACCAGCGGACACUCAGCCCAGUUCCUCUGCAGCUGGACAGGCUGGGCAACAUCUGGAGACCGUGGCUGCAGCCCUGCUGUGGCCCGUUCCCCCUCUGCUGGUGCCUUAGGGAAGAUGACCCACAAUAAAUGUCUGCAGUGAAAAAGCUGGA